CGGCUUCGCUCCUGACGAACGACCCCGAACGUCCUCAGAAGCUGGUUUUCCGCGUCUCAGCUCGGGCCGCGUUACUGUAGCUCCAGAGGAAGGCAGAGGACAGUACCAAGCCCUCAACGAGGAUACCCUGCCGCCAUGUUGCGUCUGAUGUUUUGUUUGUUACUGGCCUCGAGCGCCUGUGCACAACAGACUGUGCGAGAAAGGCUGCAGUCCACCUUGCAAGAUCAGCGGUUUUCCCAACCUCAGCAAGUCUCCCAACCUGCUGUGGCGCCUUCACGCCUCACCCAACAGCCUUUCCUUGGACAAGACUCCUUGAUAAAGCCUUUGCCAGUGGUGCAGCAAUCUUUCGCGCAGCAAACACAAGGAGUCCUUCAGGCACAGCAACCCGCCCGCCAGGCCCAACAGACGGUGCGCCAACAGCAGCUAGGACGUCUCAGGCUGGAGGAGAUCCGAAGAGAACAGGAAUUGCGGAGGCAGCAGGAGAUUCAGAGGCGACAGGCAGCUCAGAGACAGCUGGAAGUGCGGAGGCGACAGCUGGAACUUCGCCAGCAAGAAGAGAACCGAAGGAGGGAGGCAGCUCGCCGGCAGUUGGAGAGGGAGAGGCAAAGGCAGGAGGCGACUGUCAGAGAGCAGGAGCGGCAGAGAGAGCAAGAAGAACUCCGACAGCGGCAGCAGAACCUCCUUCAGCAAGCAGCGGAAAGGCGUCGACUUCAACCCAACAUACCAACUCUGGACGACGUUCGAGACGGGCCCUUCCAGGACGGCACUUACUACUUCGGGUUCGCCACAGGGAACGGCAUUGUGAGGGAAGAGGGAGCUCGCCUCACUGGGCCCUAUACACAUGAGGUCACCGGGUCAUAUUCCUAUACGGCUCCGAAUGGCGAGGUGAUCACGAUGGAGUACAUCGCCGACGAAAACGGUUACCGAGCUUAUCGUGCGCGCCCUGGACGACUUAAUCCAGUUAUCCAACCGAAUCGCAUCUUUGAGCCGCCGCCUUACCGGCCGCCCACCAAUUCCCCGCUACAAAACCGACCCUUCACAUCAACCGCAAAUCGCCCGCGUCCCACCUCCUUCAUCAGGCCUGCAACACCCCAGAACACGAACCUGCCGAUCACCGGAAACACCAACCAACGACCACAGAACUUUAAUACCCAGAUUACUCCACGACCACAGGUUUUCAGCGCCCAAAAUACCCCACGUCCUCAGACUUUCAGCCCCCAGGUUAUUCCGCGUCCGCAGAGCUUCAACACGGCCCAACCUCAAACCUUCAGUACCAACGCUAACACCAACUUUAACAACCAAGAUAUCCAGCUUCCUCAGACUUUCAGUACUAACCAACCAGCCAAUUCCUUCAGCGACCAGACUGUUCAGCAGCCACAGACCUUCGGCACCAGCACCUUCUCAAGGAGGGUGGGCCUGGAUGAAAUUUUGACAGUGCCCGAAGAGGAGUAUGACUAUGGCGGAACGCUAACCCAGGCUGUCUUGGGUGCGCGCCCUCCUAGCACAAUUGACAGUGUUCUAGAUGUCUAAAUCCAUCCGCCUGUAUUCUAUUCGCUUCGCUACAGCUUCUUUUAUAUUUGGCUUAUUACAGCUGCAUUUUAUUUGGUUCACUACAACUGCACUUCUCUACUUUCUCCAAAGACCCCUGCAACGACGACAGAUGGGUAUACAAACCGUCCUGGGGGCACUGCCUCCAAGAACAGCUGACGGUACUCUGUACAUCGGAAUCUAUCUGUCUGUAAUUUGCUUACUUCACUGCAGCUUCAUUUACCUAUAUAUGUGUGCUCUGGAUAUAAUUUUCGAGAGUUGAAUCCAUCCCUAAUUCGCUCGGCCAAGGGUUAAUGAGCUCAUUGCCUUGUUGCUUCGGUGGUAUUCUGCGCGCAUGUGGCAUUAAAACUGUCAAAGAA